CUUUGGUUCUUCUUUUUAACGGAUCACAACGAAGUCCGGAUCGGAGUUUUGUGGAGCAAAAGCGACAAUCAUGGCAGAUACAGUGUUGGACUAUGGCAACCCUGAUGGAGGAGAAGAGAUGGAUGCAUCGUAUGAAAACAAUCCAAUCAUCGAUCCACGUGAAGCACAAUUACAAGAUGCUUCAAUGGAUGCAGAAAUGCAACAAUGGGAAGAAGGAUUUCAAGGAACAGAAGAAGAAUUUGAAAAUGAAAGAAAGAAAAAAGUAGAAGAAUUAUUGGCUGCCAGACCAAAUUCAACAGCGAGAUUCUACGCUUUACCACCAGAUCAAGCAAUCGAAGCAGGUGCAAAGAGAGGUAUUUCCGCUCUUCCUGCUUUGGCCGAAGAAGAAUUGAUGGGUAUCGAGGAAAAUGUCCCAGGUCCUGAAAUACCCGGCACGAUCGGAAAAGGUCUCGAUAUCCGAUACAAUGCCUUACAUAUCACAGGUCAGCCGAUCACACAAUGCUCUACAUCACGGCUAUUUGCCUAUAUUACUCAUUAUGGCGCUCAACCACUAGGUCUUGAAUGGAUCAACGAUCAUAGCUGCAAUGUGGUCUUCAGUGAUGCAGCAGCCGCACGAUUGGCUAUCGAAUACCUUUGUCCAGCAGUCAGUACGAGCACAGCUCCGCUAAUUCCACUUCCUUCAAUAGAAGAAAUGGAGAAUGCAUCAUCCAUCAAAAAGGUACAUGAUACAGGAGAGAAUGUCCAAGCAGCACGAGAGCAUGAAUGGAGCGAGGAGUUCAUGCAAUCGAUCUUAUUUCCCAGAAAAGCACAACGGAUACCCGGAAAGCUGUACAAUGCUCCAGAAAAAGAUGCCGCAAAAGCCCUGCAAGAGUACAACGUCAAUGUGUCCAGCAAAAAUGGUACAAAUGGAGAAAAUACAGAAGGUACAAUACCGGAGAUUUAUCGAGAAAUGGAAGAAGAAGAUCGUCAAAGAUUUUUACAACAACCUGAACAAAAAUCAUUGCAAAAUUUACGUGGAAAUUUAUGGAUUCGUUGGACGGUUGAAAGUUUGGAUGUAAAGGGUAAUCGAUCAGCUCAACAGAGUAAAUGGUAUCGUGAUCACGGUCGUGAUGCAGGAAAAGAAGUUGUAUCAAAAGUGUUGCAAGUUGGAGGAGCGGAUGAACGUAGAGAGCUUCUACCAGGUCAAGGCCGAAGACGCGGAAGAGGUCGUGGUUCAGCAAUGAUGGAUGAAUUGGAUCGAGAGAUGGACGCUUAUCGUGAUCGAACAGAUGAUGCGGUUGUAGGUGGAGAUCCAGAAGCACGUAGAAGGAGAAGACGUGGAAGUAGAUCUGCCACCACAAUGGCAGCGCUUGAUGAAGAAAUGGAAACGAUUAGAGGGGAUAGACGUGAUAGAUCGGCUUCACCUGUACGCAGAUCAAAUGGCGGCGAUAGUAGAAAUGGCUAUGCAGAUACUGCAGACAAUGGCAAUAAUACCACAAUCAGAGUUCGUGGUCGCGGAAGGAUGCGCGCACCUAGCGCAUGGGAUGACGAUCGAGGUUUGUUUGAUGAUCGAAGGAGCGGUUUAUUGGCAGAUCGGCUUCGAAUUCCAGCAGGACGUUCGAGUUUCACUUCCAAUCAGGGCGAUCGCCUAGAGGAUCGAUUACGAUUACCAGGUGGCCACUUUGAUGAAUCGAGAAGAUCGUUAGACAAGCGUCUAUCGCCAUCCAAUCCCAGUGGGAGCUUACAAGAUCGCCUCCGGUAAGGGCAACACACACAAUCUAGAAAAGUCUCUAAUGUAUAGAUUAAUGGCCAAUGCGUAGGAUUGUUUUGAGUGUACAAGUGUGGAUGUGUAGG